AGAUGUUACACAACGUUGCGAAAGAUUUAAAUACAGUGUAACGUACGGCGUCCAGUGUCAAGUUUCUAUUAUCAGUUUCCUUGUUAUUCACAAGGUUAAUACGUAAUAGUACACAUUAGAUAAAGCGUAUAAACAAAAAUCCUUCAUAUUCUCACCCGAAUAUUAUCCAAACAUUGUCAUACAUAUUUGUCGUGGGAUACGUGACACCUAAUGUUUCCUCCGCAAGAUAGCGAACGAAACCUAGAAGUUCUACAGAAAACUUACAAUGAAUUGCAACGAUAUUAUACACUACUUCGUUUGAUGAGAACAGAUCUGGAGAAAAUAGCAAAUAAUUUCACUGCUUUGUGUGGAAAGUAACAGAAUUGGUUCUCAGAUCAGAAAUAUAGAUUAUAGUGUAAUUUACAACAUAUUUAUAUACAUAUAUAUGCAUAUAUUGUAAAAUCUUAAGUUGUAUAAAAUGGAAUCUCAUAAAUCAAUACAUAUACAAAAGAGACUGGAAUCUUCAUUGCACAAAUCUCCAGUUUCUUCGUCACCGUUACGAAAGAAAUCUGGUAUCCAAAAGCAACCAUCCAAUAUUCUCUCAGAAAAUGAUGAUGAAGCAGAACGUAUUGCACGUCGACGUGAAAUUUACACACCUACAACUGCACCACCUGGAUCUAAUAGAAGACAUUCCUUGGGUCUGGGAUUUCUAGCAAAUGUUCCAGUACCUCAAAUGGCCGAAAGCAUAAAUCAAUGUAUAAAAUUGAGUGCUGAAAACAAGAUCAGUAUAAAGAAUGCAUUUAGUUUAGAGAUGAUUGACUUUAUGACAUAUAUGAUAAAGAAACAAGACAACAAUAUGUCUAAUCUGCAAGUAGCUAGUACAUCUUUAGACGUGAGCAGUAAGAUUUAUGGGUUUCGAGUGGACAGUGUAUACACAGAAAUACUUAAGAUAAUUGGCGGAUUGGAUAAGCAAGUAACUGAAAAUGUGCAAGAUGAGGAAAAAGAAGAGGAAGUACUGCAAGAAAAUGCAGACACGUAUCCAGAAGUAUUAAAGAAAAAGAAAAAGAAAAAAUCCAGACAGAAUGUCUGCAGCACCAUAGAGGCAUUAAGAGGUAACAUUGAAAUCAUAAAACCAUUGUCCAUGAUGAUAGGUGAGGGCGAUCUACAAACUAGCGAUAUGCUUUACCAAGCGAUACUGCCGAAUCAUGCGAACUCUGGCUUUUAUCAGCAUUUAUAUAAUGACGUGCUCGUUGACGACGUAGAGCCAGAGAGUCCAGUUAAUUCGACAGAAUACGACAUAUCGACAAUCGAAGAUUUUCAAAACCUGGAAAUUUGCGCGUCGUACUCGAAUUUCAAGUUUCUUGGCUGGUCUGUUGAGGAUGAGCCCGGAAAAAUAUCGGACACAUCAAUGACGGAACACAACGACGACCAGACAGACAAUCGCUUCCAAUUCGAUCUUGACGCUACCGUAGAACACGAGGAUGAGAAUUCACCACCUGAUCUCAUCAAUUAUUUUGACAUUGAAACGCAAGACGACAAGCUUGUAUAUGAAUGCCAUCAACGACAAGUUACAACAAAUCAAACGGAAAAUCUUGUGGAUACACCAGCUGCGACUACAGCUGAAUCGUCCAAGUUUAUCAUCACAUCAGAAUAUUCAUUCGUUCUACCAAGUACAAGCUUGCAUUGGGCUGGACCGGCUCAUUGGAAGUUUCACAAUUUCUCAAAACCUCCCGUAAACACGGUCAUAGACGAUAAAGUUGUCGGAGCGUGCAUGCAAGCACCGCUGAGGAAAAAAAAAGAAAUUAGUCUAUCAUACGAAGAGAACAAGGAUGUGACAGAAUCAAAGUUCACGCUCAGCCAAUCCAAUAAGCUACAAGCAAAAACCGCUAAAACGGAAUGGAAUGCCGAGAAACUGACAUUGCCCGAGGAUAUUCACUACGAUAUUACUUUGGCAAGUAAACUGUAUCUACAAAAUCUGGGUAUUAAAUCGAAAGACAGCGAUAAGGAUGAUGCCAUAGACGUGUCUGACAAUGGCAGGUAUGAUUACAACAAUCCAAACGACACUGCGGACUACUGUCCCGAUGUGCACAACGGCGAUUAUGACGAGGGUAGGGAUAAUAAUGAUGAGAAUGAGUGUAACUUCGAAUUCGAGGACGAUAAUAAUGCGUUGGCCACCCAAGGCUUCACUGGUGAUAAUCUAAUCGCGGCACCGAAAUUGGCCAAUAAGAUAUCCAUCGCAUAUUGCUUAAAGGCGAAGAGAAUCGACAUGCGGCAACUAAAAAAGUCCAUCUGGAAAUGUCUCAAGUCCACGGAUAGUGAAGAUAAAACGCAUAUCGCAGAAGCGGUAGAGCAGACGGAAUCGGACACCAUGAAGGAGCCCAAGUUAUUCAACGAUGUUUACAAGAUGGUGCCGAAAUUAUUGACAAAGAAUAACGUCGAAGCGUUGAGCGUGCCGCUCUUCUUUAUUUCUCUUUUACAUUUAACGAAUGAGAAAACAUUGAGUCUAUGUUCGUUUCCAGAUAUGUCUGAUAUUACCGUUGAAAAAGAUUGAGAUAAAUUUACUUUUUGCGUAUGUAUUUGCGUGUAUAUACACGUACAUUACAUGUAAAGAGAGAGAGAGAGAGAGAGAGAGAGAGAGAGAGAGAGAGAGAGAGAGAGAGAGAGAGAGAGAGAGAGAGAGAGAGAGAGAGAGAAGAGGAAAGCAAGUGAUAUACAUGACAAAUGAAUAUUCUGUGUUAGAUUGUUACAAUACGAGAUAUUGUCAUAUUGUAAAUUGAUGAUCGUCGAUAUUUUCUAAAGAAUUUCGACAUUAACUGUUGCCUAUGUUAACAUAUAAAAGAAUUCAUACUAUUUUGAAUAAACCAUAUUAUGUAAUUAACACAUUUAUUAUAUGAUACAAACCUCAUCAUGAUUUGAUCGUUACUUUCCGUUCUGAGAUUUUCAGCUUUGUAAUGAACAGUUGGAUUAAAGAUGAAAAGAA